UAUUGAGUUUCUAGAGGAGCAGCAGCUAUCAUACUUCGGGGUCACUUUACACAUUCCCUUUCUUUCUGGCUGUGUUGCACUGCAAAGGAGAAAUAAAGAAGCCAAGAUGAUGCAAAUGUAUUUCUACUUCUCCGACAAGGUGGUACUUUUGUUUGACUUCUGGAAUGUCCACACCCCUGCAGGGAUGGUGCUCUCGGUGCUGGUGGUUCUGCUGCUAGCGGCAUUGUACGAAGCCAUCAAGAUCAGCAAAACCAAACUCCUUUGCCAGACGAUACUGGCCAUCCCCACCACCCUCAGUCAGGAGUCACUCGGGGAGCCGGAGACAGGGUCUGUCAACUCCAACCUGGGUCAGCAAAACACCACCUCAAAAAGGUGGUUUCUUUACCACAUCAGCCAGAGCCUGCUCCACGUGGCCCAGGUGGUGAUCGGUUACCUGGUGAUGCUGGUGGUGAUGUCCUACAACACUUGGAUCUUCCUGGGGGUGAUCGUGGGUUCCGCCCUGGGUUUCUACCUGGCUUACCCGGUGUUCACCGCGAGAUAGCGAGACCUGCUGCACUCCAGGGCAACAUCUGCAGUGGGAGGAGGACUAAGGAGGCUCCACUAGAGAAAAUGCUUGUGCAAGACUUGGCCUGGAGCUGGCAGGAGAUAAUCCCCACGCAAUGGGGGACUCCCCCCCCAUUCUCCCACCCUGGGGGGAUUGAGUGUCUUCCUUUUAAACCUAGCAUGGUCUCCCCUUCUAUACAAUUAUCCAUUUUCAAGAUCGCUUUUGGACCCUUUCUGCUGGGCAGGCCCUCAUCAUCCUGGCCAAGCAGGGCACGGCCCCACAAGGAGCUAAACUGGGCCACGGGCUGCGAACCAAGCAGCUCAGCCUUACAGCUGCCGUCUCCAAUGACUUUGAACCCACACUCAGGAAUCCCAGGAGCCUUUCCCUGCUGACUGGAGGAGCAAGGGGGCUUGGGCCGUGGGCACUGCCACCCUCGCCUGGGGACUGACAGAGCAGGCGGACGUGUUACAGGCUACGCCCA